CCUCCUCCUCCUUCUCGGGGGGGAGGGAGAGCACGGAGCAGCACAGACUGGCUGCUGGCUCCCGAGCAAGACGGAGGCGAAGCUCUCUCGUCCCACCUGCACCCUCCUAGGAUUGCUGGCUCCUUGGCACCCCUCGUGCUCUGCGUGCCCCCCUUUGGGCAUCCUGGUGCACCACUCUGCAGUGCUCUUUGCGCUCUCCCUUCUCCACGCACCCCUGGCCAUGAACGGGUCGGCAGCAGGUUCGGAUGAGAGCUGGCAUCCCGAGUCGGUGCUCAUCCCCCUGGCAUACCUCCUCAUCUUCCUCGUGGGCACCGUGGGCAACUGCCUGGUGCUGGCGGUGCUGCUGCGCAACGGGCAGGUGAAGAACACCACCAACCUCUUCAUCCUCAACCUGGGGGUGGCUGACCUCUGCUUCAUCCUCUUCUGCGUCCCCUUCCAAGCCACUAUCUACACCCUGGAGGGAUGGGUGUUUGGGUCCUUCCUGUGCAAAGCUGUCCACUUCUUCAUCUACCUCACCAUGUACGCCAGCAGCUUCACCUUGGCCACCGUCUCCCUUGACAGGUACUUGGCCAUCCGAUAUCCCCUCCACUCACGGGAGCUGCGGACGCCCAGGAACGCACUGGUGGCCAUCUGCUUCAUCUGGGCACUCUCCUUCAUUUUCUCGAGCCCUUACCUCAGCUACUACCAACAGUUCCAGCUGGCCAACCUGACCGUCUGCCACCCGGUCUGGGCCAUCUCCCAACGUAAGGUCAUGGAUCUCUGCACCUUCAUCUUCAGCUACAUCAUCCCGGUGCUGAUCCUCAGCCUCACUUACACGCGGACCAUUCGCUACCUGUGGAGGUCUGUGGAUCCUCUCCAAGAGAUGUCGGAGUCCAAGAAAGCCAAGAGGAAAGUCACCAGGAUGAUCAUCAUCGUGGCCGUCCUGUUCUGCCUCUGCUGGCUGCCCCACCACCUGCUCAUCCUCUGCGUUUGGUUCGGGUAUUUUCCCCUCAACCACGCGACGUACGUCCUGCGCAUCCUCUCCCACCUCGUCUCCUAUGCCAACUCCUGUGUCAACCCCAUCGUCUACGCCCUGGUCUCCAAGCACUUCCGCAAAGGCUUCAAGAAGAUCUUCGUCUGCCUCUUGCACAAGAAGGCAGCCAACAAGGUGCACGUGGCCCAGGGGACCAACACAGUCAGCAUGCUGGAGGCAGAGCUCAGCGAGGUGACUCGUCUCAGUGAGGCCGGGCCUGGCUGCUCCUCGGUGCGCUGCAGAGCUCAGCCCUGGGGGGAGGCAGAGCAGGGGGGAGGUGGGCAGAAAGCUGGUGGCUCCUUCCUCACCUUCCGUGUCACCUAGCAGAGCUCCCUUCACGCUGUAUUUGCAGUCUCCUGCAGUAUGGCGGGCCUGGGGACGGACCGCGUGUUGGGUUUGUGUCAAAUCUUCUCCUUUUCCCCCCUCAAACAUCAGAACUGUUGAAACGAUGCUGAUUCCUAUGGGCUCAGCCAAAGAGCCAAGUGUAGGAUUUGCAGAGAGCAGGGAGAUCCAAACCCCAAAUCAAUUUUAAGGUAGGAUCACCUGUUCCUCUGCUCCCUGCUGCAUCUACACCCGGUCACUCACGAGAGCUCUGACCUCCAACCACAGCAGCCUUUGGCUUUCAGUGUGGUGCAGGCUCUACAAAGACUGUUGGGGGGAUGGAGACUGGGUGCUGGGGCCUCUUGGAAGAGGUUCCAGUGCCAGGAGUGUCAGGUGAGACUGGGAUCAGCACUGGGGAAGUGUGGGCCCUUCAGGCAGGGCUCAGACCUGA